UAGACAGUCUUUAUUUAAGCCUUGUGAUUCUGUGUAUGCAGUUGUUGACAACUGUUACAGUUAUGACCCAGUAUUUAUUAGGAGAGUUGAUGAUAACCGACCUUCUCUGUCCGUUGAAGAUAGGAAGUUUUUGCAGAUAAUGGAUGAUGGCAUGCAAAAAGAUGAUAGUGGUCAGUGGUGUGCUCCCUUACCUUUUAAAAAUCCUAGGGAACGUUUACCUGACAAUCGAGACUUAGCUUUGAAAAGAGCACGGCUCUUGCAUUCUAGUCUGCGUAGAAAUCCUGCUAAGGAACAGCUACUUGUUGAGUUUAUGUCUAAGAUUUUUGAUAAAGGUCACGCCGAGAUUGCCCCACCCCUCUCCAAGGGUGAAGAAUGCUGGUACUUGCCUGUGUUUGGUGUUUUUCAUCCGAAAAAAACAAACCAAAUCCGGGGUGUGUUUGAUUCGUCAGCUCAGUUUGGGGGUAUAUCUUUGAACUCCGUCUUACUUAGUGGCCCAGAUCUUACAAACAGUUUGUUAGGUGUGUUGAUUAGAUUCCGUAAGGAGCAGGUCCCUGUUACGGCAGAUAUAGAACAGAUGUUCUAUUGCUUUUCAGUUAAUGAGAAACAUAGGAAUUUUUUGCGGUUCCUUUGGUACAAGGAUAAUGAUCCGAACCAAAACUUAAUAGAUUAUAGGAUGUGUGUGCAUGCAUUUGGCAACACAUCCUCACCUGCCAUUGCUACCUAUGGUUUGCGUAAGUCGGUUGCAAAUUCUGAUCCAGACGUGCAAGACUUUGUGUCUAAAGACUUCUAUGUGGAUGAUGGUCUUACAUCUAAAUCCACCCCUGGUCAGGUGGUUGAUUUGAUUAAGAGAACACAAAAAGACUUAGCAGCAUGUGGUUUACGUCUGCACAAGAUAGCCUCGAGUAGUGCUGAUGUUAUGAAAUUGAUAGAUGUUGAAGAUCUUGCAAAAGAUAUUAAAUGUUUAGAUUUUGACAAAGAUGUUUUACCCAUUCAGCGUAGCCUGGGGAUGAAUUGGGCUUUAGAGGUUGAUAGCUUUACUUUCAGAAUCGAGGCCUCUAGUCGUCCUCUCACAAGACGUGGCAUUUUAGCUACCGUGAAUAGUCUGUUUGAUCCUUUGGGGUUUAUGGCUCCUGUAACAGUCAUUGGAAAGCUCAUACUGAGACAGUUGAUGUGUUUUGACAAGGAUUGGGAUGAUCCAAUACCUCCAGAUAUUAAGUCCAAGUUCUUAUCUUGGAAGGAGUCCUUAGAAACCCUUAGUAACAUCCAAAUACCUAGCCCCUACUUUAAAGUGUCUCUCGAGAAGUUCACACACUUUGAGCUUCAUAUCUUUUCAGAUGCUUCUGAAUUAGCUAUAUCAGCUGUGGCAUAUACGGUUGGAGUGGGCUUGGGAGGUAGAGACGCCAGUUUUGUUUUAGGAAAGUCUAAGGUUGCCCCUCAAGCAGGACACACAAUCCCUAGACUUGAACUGUGUGCUGCUGUACUUGCGGUUGAGUUAGCAGAUAUUAUAGUUGAGCAUAUAGGGAUAACUAUCUCAGAAUUUAAGUUUUAUACAGACAGUCAUAUAGUUCUUGGUUACAUUCAUAAUCAGUCCAGGCGCUUUUAUACUUACGUAGCAAACCGAAUUCAAAGGAUUCAUCGGUCUACCAAACCUCUUCAGUGGAGUUACAUCUGUUCCUCUAUAAACCCAGCUGACAUUGGUAGCAGAGGUUUGAGCCCUGCACAGUUACAGCUUAGUACAUGGUUUUCAGGACCUGCAUUUCUGCGUAAAAUUACAAAGGAUUUACCAGGGUUCUUUCCCUUGUUACAUCCUGAAGUUGAUACAGAAAUCCGCCCACAAGUAACUGCUUUAACGACAGUUACUUCUCCCGGCCUAUCUUGCAGCUCCUGGUCAGACAGAUUUGCACGGUUUUCUAGAUGGAACAAACUUGUAAUUGCUAUUUCUUUUCUUAGGUAUGUGGCCCGUGCCCAUCACAUGAAACAGCUUGAUAGUGAUUUGCUUAAUGCUCAAGUUCAUUAUAAAACCCCAGAUUUUAGGAGACAAUCUGAAUUGUUCAUUCUCCAGCAGGUACAAGGGGAAGUGUAUGAGCAGGAGUUAGAAUCUUUGCAAAACAACUGCCCAGUUCCUAAAAGUUCGCCACUGUACUCCCUUGACCCUUUUCUUGAUAGUGAUGGGUUGUUAAAAGUUGGUGGCAGGUUGCGGCGAAGUAGUUUACCUGACCAUGAAAAACACCCUAUUAUUCUGUCUGGAAAACACUCUAUUUCAAGACUUAUAACUUCUCACUGCCAUGAAUUGGUGCAACACCAAGGUAGGCACUUUACAGAGGGUGCAGUUAGAUCCAAUGGUUACUGGAUUACUGGGGGCAAGAGAUUGGUUACUAGUGUUAUUUUCCACUGUGUAAAAUGCAAGAAAUUAAGGGGGCAUUUUGAAACCCAGAAAAUGUCGGAUCUUCCUUUAGAUAGAAUUGAAAGGUCUCCUCCAUUUUCUCACGUAGGGGUGGACGUGUUCGGCCCUUGGAAUGUAGUUACAAGGAAGACCAGAGGUGGUCAAGCAUGCUCUAAACGCUGGGCUGUCCUGUUUACGUGCUUAGCAAUUCGGGCUGUGCAUAUUGAAGUUAUAGAGGAGAUGACAUCUUCAGCUUUUAUUAAUGCUUUAAGGCGGUUCAUGGCUAUAAGAGGAAAAGUUAAGGUGUUCCGUUCCGAUCGCGGAACAAAUUUUGUGGGUGCCACAGAUAGCCUUAAGAUAGAUGCUAUAACUGUGGAAGAUCAGGAGACUAGAAAUUUCCUGUACAAAUCUGGCAGUAUUUGGUUAUUCAAUCCACCUCAUAGUUCCCAUUUUGGUGGAUCUUGGGAACGUAUGAUUGGUAUCUCACGAAGAAUACUUGAUUCCAUGCUUAAUAAUGUUUCCAACCUCACUCAUGAUGUUUUGGUUACGGUGAUGGCAGAGGUUUGUGCAAUUAUAAAUGCACGUCCGAUUGUACCUGUUUCUAAUGAUGUUGAAAAUCCUUGUGUAUUGAGUCCAUCUUCUCUUUUAACUCAAAAGUUUGUUAGUGAACAGGCAUUGGGAGAUAUGGAUAUUAAAUUAUUAUAUAAGGAUCAGUGGAAAAGGGUUCAAUACCUCGCUGACCAGUUUUGGUUAAAAUGGAAGCGGGACUAUCUCCAAACCCUUCAGAAAAGGCAAAAAUGGAAUUGUGAACAGAUUCCUGUAGAAGUUGGUGAUGUUGUCCUUGUGAAGGACAAAACUCUAAACCGUAAUCAGUGGCCGAUUGCUCUUAUUUCUCGGGUCUUUCCAAGUUCAGAUGGCCUUGUUCGUAAGGCUGAGGUUGUUAUGAACAAAGAUGGAAAACGAUCGACUUACCUUAGACCCAUUGUUGACUUGGUGCUUCUUGUGAAAGCCAAAAAUUAGGCAUUUAUUUUUUGACAGUAUUUACUUAUUCAGUGAUGAUGUCAUAGUGAUUAAGCUGGAUUGUUUUUUAAAUAGUGUUGAGUCAUGGUAUAAAAAAUAAUGUUAUUUUUUAUGCUUGAACAGUUUUAGCUUAGAAUGUGAAUCUGUAGUAAGAAAUGAAUGUUUAAUAUCUUCCUACAACAUGCUAUGUACAUUAGGAAUAUGACUUCUUAUAUAUAUGUAUGUGUGUGUAUAUAUAUAUACCCUUUUUUUUUGUAUGACUUGUUCUCUUGUGUAGAAGAUUGUUAUCUUGGAUAAUAUGUCUAAUUAGUUAGAGUUGAGUGAUAUCUACGAUAUCAAGGGGGGAGUGUGGUGCCCCUCUAUCCAGAGUACUUUUUGUUGAUAUAAAAUCUUUCCGGUAGUUCUUUUCGGUAUUAAGCACGUUUUUAUUGCCACUGAGGGCGCCAUGUUUGUUUUUUCUGAGUUUCAAGUUUUUGAGUCGAAAUUCUCUUGUAUAGCCGCUCAUGGUUAAUUUACCCGAUGGCACGAUAUACAUUAAAGAGCUUGAACAGUCAGUGUCUUCGUCUUGUCAAUUGGGUUCGCUAGCUGCAAAGUACAUCUUAGGGCAGCAUAACCUGUAGUAUUUAUUUGUCACAAAUAAAGAAAGAAAUACAGAUGUCCUUUUUAUCCAUUGCAAAGGAAUUUAAAGGGACAAAUAGUUUCGUACUAGACAGAGACCAUAAAUCAGGCAAGAUGAAAACCAAAUAAUUUCCGCGUGUGAGGCGGACUUUGAUAUCGACUAAUUUCUUCUGUUAUAACUCAAGUAUUAGCCAUUUCAAUAAAAUUUUAUGAUGUUUUCAAAAUGAUUAGAUCAAAUAUUGAAAUAUUUGCCACUCGUCAUAGUAACAGAUUCGAUUUUAUUGACCAAUUUAUUCAUGGGUGAAGGAAGACACAGUGGAGGAAGAUGAAGUAGAGACCCAAAUGAAUAGAUGACGUUAAUGGGAUGUUCCGGUAUACAUGUAUUUUCAUAAAAUAUAUCCUAGAUAUAUUUUUACCGUUGUACUUAAUUGAUAAAGAGAAACAAAAUUGCCUUUUCUCCGAUAAAAUCUUUGAAUAAAAGUCACUGCCUUACAGUAUCUGAAUCAUCCGAACGAAAUGAAACCAUUGCAAUCUAAGGUAGUAAUGAUUCUAGAAAUAUUGUCCAGUCAGUGGUUUAAGUAUGGAAAGUUGAUAACUGGUAUAUUUUAUUCUGAAGCAAUUUUCUGUUGAAUACCUAAGGUUAUGUCAGCGAAAUCAUGAAAAACGCACAUUCACAUCAACUGUGUUAAAAAAAAAAUCAUGAAAUUGCAUAAUUCAAGCACCACCCCUUGCUCGAACUUGUCGUUGGGUCUCGCCAAAGUCCCUGUAUAAUGUUUAUUGUUUGAUGGCUGGAACUACUGAUAAUUCGAACAAAGUAUGCCGGUCCAGUCGAGUUCAAGCAAAUAAAGUUUGACUGUAUAUUGAGCCUGUUCUGUGACGUAUCCCAGCAUUCCCCAGCUGAUACAGAAAAGCAUGUGCUGGUAUAAUGAGCUACAUUAACUUCCGAAGAAUGCCGAAAUAGUAUACAAAAAUUAUU